GCCAGAAAGGAUCACUGAGAGACAGAAAGGAUCACUGAGAGCCAGAAAGGAUCACCGAGAGCCAGAAAGGAUCACUGAGAGCCAGAAAGGACCACAGAGAGCCAGAAAGGAUCACUGAGAGCCAGAAAGGACCACAGAGAGCCAGAAAGGAUCACCGAGAGCCAUCUCUGCUCCCGCCCCGCAUCCCUGCCGCUUCCCCGGGGUGAAGAUGAGUGCUAAAGAGGUCCUGAUGCAUGCAGUAGAACUUGGAAAAAAUUUCUGCCUCUACUUUGAAGACGACGAUGAGCUGGAGUGUGAUGCCCUGUGCAAGGAGAAGGUUCUGCAGCGAGUGCUGAGGAACGUGAACAGCCAGCUGCUGGUGGUGCGCCCCGACCUCAACGUGGCAGCCUUUGAGGAUGUGACCGACCAGGAGAUGCAAUCUGGCAAAGGGAUGCAUUUCAGCAUUCACUGCUACAAAACCACCACGCCCUUAGCUGGGCUGCCCGUGGCCUUCAGUGUCCAAGUGGAAAACAAGAGUUAUUACAUGUGCUGUGAGAGGGAAUGUGGGAAAAUCAUCGUCAGGUUCAAGGAAGGAGAAGUUCCCAAAGAAAUUCCUGGUGAAAGCAACAUCAUCUUUUUCAAAAAGACAUUUACAUCUUGCUGCUCCCAAGCAUUUAAGUUUGAAUACUCCAUGGAACAAGGAAUGUUCUUGGCCUUUGAGGAAGAAGGCUACUUGAGAAAAUUAAUCCUUAAGAAACUGUCAGAAGAUGAAGUGGAUGAAACCAUGAAGAUGAGUUUAUGUAAGUUCGGUCAGAAUGAAAAUCACAACCUAUGAGGAACACUUCAGCAGUUUUCAAAUACAGUUUGGGGUUUUUUUCUAUACAAGAAACUUUAGUCCUUUAUCCUAAACAUGUCAGUUUUAACUACUGUCAGUACUCAUUAAAAAAAAAUAAAUGCAA